AGACCAAACAUGACCAGCCCAGACAGCAACAGACAGAGUACGAUUCAAACCUUGCUUCUUUAGCAAACCAAAUUAAAACACCAUGAGUACAGCUGGAGUCCAGCAGAACCGGCCGUUCAGCAGAGCCGUCCGAAAAAUCAAGGUGGCUUCAACGGUGAACAGUCUUGCUAAAAGCUGGCAGAGCUGGGCCAAUAAACACAGCGAUAAACAAGACACCAUCCCGAGCGGAUGGAUGCCGGAUACCAUCAUUGAAGACGCCAAGGAGAAGCAGAAGGAGAAGAAUGAGAUGAAACUAUUGGUUACUCCUCGUGUGGUUUCGGUGGUUGGAGAAGAAGCUACAGACGAUCAGAUUAAGACGGGAAUCGUGACUAAAGCUAUUACGCCGAAGUGUAACGAGUUUGGAAAGGAUUUAGUGAGCGUGAUUAAGGAGAAGAUCAACACCAAUCAACUGACGACUGAAGACACCAAAAAUUUCCUAGGAAAUGAAUCUCCUACUAGGAGACGCUACUGUGGGGGGAAAGCAGGGACUUUUGUUAAAGCAAUCGGACGGAAAGAGGGAAAGUCGAUGGGAUCGCGAAGUAGCAGUUUGGAUGCUGAUGACAGCGGUCUUGGGGAGGAAGCAUCUCUGAGCGACAACAGCGAUCUGAACGAGAACGAACCCAAGAAACAUGUCAACAGACACAAGAUUAAAGUGACAACGAUGGGUGACCUGCGGAGCCGCUGGCAGCGUUUCGCUGAAGAUCACAUGGAGGGCCAGAAGCUCAACCCUUUCAGUGAAGAGUUUGACUAUGAUCAUGCAAUGGCCACUCGACUCCACAAAGGCGACGCGGGCUACGGACGACCCAAAGAAGGAUCCAAAACAGCUCAGCGAGCAGAUCGAGCCCAAAAGCACAUCUACCGCGAGAUGGAGGAGAUGUGCUUCAUCAUACGAGACAUGGGCCAGCAGGACAAACAGGGCCAAAUCUGGGUCACCUUCGGCCGCCUCUUCGACCGCUAUGUCAAGAUCUCUGAUAAAGUGGUGGGCAUUUUAUUGCGCUGCCGCAAACACAAGAUGGUGGACUUUGAGGGCGAGAUGUUAUGGAAAGGACAGGAUGAUGAUGUUAUUAUCACACUGCUGGUUUAAGGCUGUUAGCAUAGCAGAAACUAACUGACAGUAACUACUGUAUGGUCUUUUGCACAAGCAUCAUUUAGUAACUAUUGCAUUUUUUUUAUAUUGCAUUUUAAAUUUCCAUUCAGAUAAUACAGAAGGAAAAACAACUACAAAAAAAUUCAGUAUUUUGCAUCAAUGUUUAUGGCAUCUCUUUUUCAUCAAUCAACACAUUUCCAACUCCACCACAUUUUAUCAACAAUUCACGAGUUCACACUCACAGAUGUUUGACUGAAUAGAAUAUGCGUAUUUGGCGUCCUGUCCAAGGAGAGGGCUCUGAACUCGGGAAGACAACCUAACUCGUGUUAUUCCCCUUAUCAGGAUAAAGAGAGGUUCUGAGCGCAGUGUCUAGCCUGGCUCCAGAACGCUCCCCCUUUAGAAUUAAAUAGGUAUCUGGUUUAAAAGUGUGGAGUUGGGGUGGUGGAGGGAUGCUGAAGUCGAGAGAAAACGGAGGUAUGACGUGUUUGACUAUUUAUAGGGGUUUACUCUUGAGCUGAUUGGAUAAUAGAUUGUGUGUGUGAUGAAUUAGUCUCGUUAAAGACUGAUCGUGCUCCUCCAGAAAUUUGUUUAUAAAACAUCUUUAAUUGUUGGUCUCCAAACUCCCUCAAAGAUCUUAUAUAUUUAUCUCUUAAUGUAUAGUUUAUCUUGUACAUUGUCAUGUUUGUAACCAUCUCUUACAUACUAUACUUGCUGUUCUUACAUUUUUCUCUAAUUUAAAGAAAUAAUCCAUUUAGCUUGAAGAAUACAUACAUAUAUUUAUUAAUAACUGUUGCGGUUUUUAUUAAUAGUUUGAGUUUUUUUUAUUUAUUUAAUUUUUUUUAUUUUGGUGUUUUUUUGUUUUAAUGUCUUUAUAGUUUUAAUUUCGUAUGUUAGCUUUAAUUAUGUUAGUUUUAUUAUAAAUUAAGCAGGAAUAAUAAAAAAUAUUUAUUGACAUCUAUGGCUGAAAUAAAUAAGUUUCAGUUUUCAGUUAACUUUUAGUUUAUUUUUAAAAAUUUUGUUUUUGUUGUGUAAGUUAAUUGCAAAUUGUUGUUUUUGUGAGAGUAGUAUGCAAAUACUGUAACUUUUCCAACAAAUACACUGAAAAAAAGUAUGUAAAAACUAUUUCCACAGAAAUGUCUUGUUAAAUUUCACAAAUGACAAUAACACUGUCACCUAUUUCUUAUUUUGUGCACAGUUUGUUAUUUUUAACAAAGAAGUGUGGCAAGUGCACUUAAAAGGAGUGUGACGCACUUGCUUUUUUCAAGUGUGCUACAGUUAAAAACCUUCAAAAAAGUGCUCCAAGCACAUGUGAUAAGAAGCAACCAAUCAGCUUCACCAGCUAUUUUUGAGCUCAUUCUUCACAUAUGAGCACGUGCAGCAAUUGGAAUCGUUUUGGCUGGAGAUUUCAGCCCUCAUUCACUUUCAUUGAAUUUUAGAGAUUAAAAACAGCUCGUUGUCCUGCUUGAUAUUGCAAACUGAUAUUUACUCAUUAUGUUUUUCUACUUUUUAAUGUGUAGUCCUGAACACACUUGUUUGUAGAGCAAGUAGUUUUCUUUCAUUUAUUAUUACUAUUCAUUUCUCCCAUAGGUGACUGAAUCGGGAGUGCUAUAAAAAUUUAAAAAAUAAGCGAACUUCAGUAUUGCAGAAUAUAGUCAAUAUUACAUACACA